CAAAAAACACACCUCGUCCCCGGUGGCUCCCGCCCGCAGCCUCCGGAGGUGAGGGUCGCUCCGAACCGAGGCUUCUGUUUUGAUGAUGCCGGGAGCAGCCGGUCUCUUCGUUCCCGUCCGCCUCGUGGGGUCGGCCGGGCAACCCGCGCCAUGACCUGGCCGCUAGGCGUGGGCGUGCCGUCUCCGGGCUCGCCCGUGAUCGGGUCCCGACGCCAUUUUACGCCGGCAGCCACGGCCAGAGCGAUGGCCCAGGACUUCAGAAACAAGACCAUUACAGAGUUCUUCAAACCGAUUCUAAACCAAGACCUUGGCCAUAAAGACAGAACUGUGUUGUGCUCACCAGACAGAGGCAAUAUAAGAGAUGCAGGAAUUGGACUGUCAGUCCAGCAUUUUGAAAAGAAAAUACCUUCUCCAAAGGUCAGAAGAAAAAAGAUGCCAGACCAAAUACCAAACACAAGUCCUGUGGGGAAUGGCUGUCCUUUCAGAAAAAUACCAUAUCCUGCUUCAAGGGAGACUGCCUCAGAUGACCCACCUCAGCCAAAGCAGGUUUCAAAACAUGAGGCAUCUUCUCCAAGUGCACUGAAAACAUCACCUGAGAUGGCUGCUGGUAUAUGGAAAAGCCAGUCUGUUUCUCCAUGCUGCCUCCGAUUCAAGAUGUCUUCCGGGCGAUCCAAGCAGCUGGAAUUUGCUGGGAAAAGAAAACGCUCUGCUGUGAACAUGGAGGCAGAGCAUUCAAGUCAAUCUGAAGUAUCAAGUUUCAGUGACAAGGCUUUUAGCAGAUCAUCUGCAAAAUGCAAGAGCAGGAGGCCCAACUUUGUGAAAACUACCUUUCUGAAGUCUACUUGUGGUGAUGUUCUGCAACUGAUGGAGGCUGGCUCUUUACCUAGACAUGAUUCUGCUCUUCCAGAGGAGUACCUCAACUCAAGCGAUAGAAGUGAGAAAAAUAAUUGCUCUGUCAGUUUGUCAUCUUCACAUCCUACAUACAGUCCUGGUAAAAAUAACCAUAUUUCUGUUGUGGAUACCAAAGAGAAUCAAUUGCAGGUGGCUAACUCACGCUUUUUCUUGGAGAAGUCCCUUCCUUUUUCUCAGGAAAAGAGCACUGUGUUGCCUUCUCUUCACCACUUCACACAAACAAAAGGUACGAAGCCUCAGCUGCAGAAUGCUGCCUUAUCUCAGGUAUUGGACACUUCUUACAAGAAAGAGCAAGAUGGGAAAAGACCAGAAAGGCAUGCACACAAUAAAGCUUACAGUAUUCAGUUCAGCAGCAGUUCUUCAAAAACAAUAGACAAGCCUUCAGGAAAUGCUUCUGUUUCCUGUUCAGUUGCAGGCUCUGGGAAGCCUGCGUUUUCAGAGGAGACUGGUAAAAGUGCUCGCCCUUCAUUGCCUGUUAAAGAAUGCAUGGACAGUGGCCGUCUGUCUUCACAGCUCUCAGGAGAGUUACAAGUUGAAAGCACCUGUACAGACAAGUCCAAGUUGAAUGGAAGAUCAAAAAGCAGCUUUGACAGUGAAGAUGAGAAUUUAGAAUGCAGUCUGGAUGAUGAUGAUGACAGCAAUGAAGAAGAAGUAGUAUUCGUGCCGCUGCACGAAAUUCUCUCUUCAAGUCCCAAGCCGCAAGGAGGGACCCUGGAAGAAUUGUGUCUUGACAGUUUUGGUCAGGACACUAUGAAUCCAUUAAUGAAGCUUCAUCUUUCUAAGCCUCCUGUUGACAGCCAGGUGUCAUAUGUGAACAGCUUAGAACACCUCUUGAAGGAGAAAGAAGAAUCUAAAAGGAUAGAUGAACUAGAGAAGCAGUUACUGGAAGACAUGCAAGGAGGGGAAACGGAUUCCUCAGAUGGAGAAGACAAGGAGAAUGACAAUGGAGAUGAAGAUCUCUCAGAGGAACACAGGGCAUUUAUAAAGAGAUUUUCAGUAGUAGCUCAUGCCAUACCUAACAUCCACCCUGGAGAAGACAUAUUUGAUUUAUCAACCUGUGGGAAAAUCUUCAAUCAACAUAACCUUGACCUGAGGAAUUUUUACUUCAUCCCUCAAAAUCCUAAAGAAAAGCUCCUUCUUAGCUCUGGUGUGACACAGCAGCUUUCUUUAGCUGUUAAUGGUUUUUUAAGUUCUGCUUACAGUCGUGUCUUGUGUCCCAUACCAAUUCUAAAGUGGCUUUUCCAGAUGAUGUCUGUUCAUCCUGAUUAUUAUGUUUCCACUCAGAUUUUAGAUAGAUUGAUGGAGAUAACAGUAAAAAAUGCUUCCCUCAGUGACGAGCAGUCUAAACCAUGGACUCCUUCACUAGCUGAUGUGUCAACUGUUCUUGUCAACAUGGGUGCUGGAUUUAGAUCUCUCUUUCCAUUGCAGCAUCUUCAGCCCAAUUUUAAUGAGUGUGAUAUUUUAAGCCAGAUGCAAGAAACAGUGAGCAAACAGCCAAGAGGAGACCUGACCUCAGCCAGUCCAUCCUUCUCCAGUCUACCAGAAAACAAUUUAAUUAAUGUGAUCAAGUUUCUAGGUUUUUGUACAACAGUAAUUCAAGGUGGCUAUACUGAUCAAGAAAUACUGCUGCUGCUUCUGCUGCUGUUUAAAAUAAGCUUGGAGAAACAGUUAAAGCAAGUUCCUCUGAUAGAUUUUCAGUGCCUUUUCAUAAAGCUUCUGACAAGUAUAAAAGACUGGGAUACAAAGAUGCCUGAGCUCUGCCUGGCAGUGAGUGAACUCUCCAGCCAUCACCACAAUCUCCUGUGGCUAGUUCAGCUGGUGCCUAGCUGGAUAGUACGUGGACGGGAAGUAAGAAGACGUCUUAGCCUGGUGAUCAUUUUAAAGCUUCUUAAUAAAAAGGAUACAGAAAUACCUGAUGACAGUGACAAGCAGAUGUCUCUUCUGCAUCAUUUUCUGGUGUACAUGAAACCUUCUCAUCUACUGAAGAUGAUGAGAGAACAGCAGAAGCAGCAGAAUGCUGAUGGAGACCACCUUCAUACCGAGCUAGAACAGGAGGCAUACUACCUAAUCUACAUCCUCCUUCAUCUAGUCAGUGAAGCUAGUUUCUUUGAUGUUGUAAAUUCUAAUCAAAGGCAACACCUACUGAAGCUUUGUGGUGUCUUAGAUAAGCACAUAAAAUGUGAUAUUAGGGAAGAUGCAAGACUGUUUUAUCGAACAAAGGUGAAAGACUUAGUUGCUAGGAUAUAUGGCAAAUGGCAAGACAUGAUACAAACCACAAGGCCUACUCAGGGAAAGCUGCAUGACUUCUGGAAGCCAGACUAAUGAAAUGUUGCCUAGUUAGGGAAAAUUUACAGGAAAACUCUGGAACCAAGGGAGAUGUAGUCUGA